CCGCACAUUCCCCGACAUUUGCGCGUAUUUUUUUUUCGGUAGAUCAAUAGCUAGCCAUGAGCAAGAGGGACAGGGCGGCGUGGGAGGUGGAGGCCGGCGCCGCGGACACGGCCCGCCUGCUCGUGCUCCUCGCGCAGGCGCAGCAGCAGCAGCAGCAGCGCCACCUCCUGCAGCACGGGCACGGGGCGCCGUUCCCAUCGGCGCGGGGGCCGCACGGGCGCGUGUUCGAGUGCAAGACGUGCAGCCGGCAGUUCCCGACGUUCCAGGCGCUCGGUGGCCACCGCGCCAGCCACAAGCGGCCCAGGCUGCUCCAGCCGCUGCAGCAGCAGCAGCAGCAGAGCCCAGCGGCCGACCACGCGGAGCUCUGCCUCGGGCGCCAGCCGCUGCUGCUGGCGCCGCAGCAGCCGGCCAAGCCGAGGGUGCACGAGUGCCCCGUCUGCGGGCUCGAGUUCGCCAUCGGCCAGGCGCUCGGCGGGCACAUGCGGCGGCACCGCGCCGAGGCCGAGGCCGACGCCGAGGCGCAUAACAACAAGGUGCAGCGACCGGCGCCCGAGAAGGCCUGCGACGUCGCCGGAGGGAUCUGCCUGGACCUCAACCUCACGCCGUCGGAGAACUGCGCCAAGUGCCGGAGCGUGGCGGUGCUAGGCGGAGCCGGGCAGGGUGUACAUAAGACGCUCGCCAUGUUAGACUGUUCGCUCUAGUUGGGCCUUUGAUUUCCGUUAGACUGCACAUAAUUUUUUUUUUCUUUCAUGGUUGUUGUUGUGUUCGUCACGGUAUACUGUUCCAUUGUUACUUUCUGGGGGCACCCCCAAAUUCUUUCCAAAAUACAUGUUAGAUUUGUUUUAGACUUCUGUAAUUCUCGGUUUCUACCAUGGAGUUGUUAGGUAUAUUUAUAGGCUAGGGUAGUUUGAAUGAAAUAGAGAUGAACCCUUCCCAUUUCCUUGGUGUAAAUAGUAAUAACAUGCUAUGCGUUUCCAUUUGACUAAGCGGAGAGAAUUUACCGAAGUAACAGUUCUGUACCGCUUUGUAAUAAUGGCGUUCAAACAGUUGUUAUUGGCCAAGUUCAAUAUUUUCUUGCU